AGGAAAGAACAGGGCGUUUCAAGAGGUUUGCCACACUGUUCUACAAGUUCUCUCCAGUGCUGAUGCGGCAGUGUCCCAUGGAGACAGUUGAGCAUGGAAGGCCAUGAGGAGAUAUCUGAAACCUCGGUGUCUCAUCCCUGCUCUGGUCCAGUGUAACCAGCCAGUUGACCAUACUCAAUGGAAGCUUCAAUAUACUACCUGGAAUUUUGUGUGAACAAGCUCAAGAACGAGGACAGGGCCAUUCAUAACUUCCUCAUCUCUACCUAUGUCAUGAGUCGCAGUGAGCAGAAGCUGCUAGCCUACCUUACAGAGCAGUCAAAGCUGCUGGCUGUAGUGUAUGAUCCUCAGUAUGCCUUGAGGCUGUGCUCAGAACAUAAGCUUACUCGGGCGUGUGUGUUGAUAUAUGCUGCUAUGGGACUGUACGAAGAAUCAGUCGACCAUGCUCUGUUGGUCGAUGUGGAGCUGGCACGUCAGAUUGCUGGCUCCAAGUUGAGGGAUGAGGAAAUGCAGAAGAAGCUCUGGUUGAAGGUGGCACAGCAUGUUAUCAGGAAGGAGAACGACAUUGCAAAAGCUAUGAAAUUCUUGAAAGAUUGCAGUAUCCUCAAGAUUGAAGAUAUUCUUCCCUUCUUUCCGGACUUUGCUACCAUUGAUCACUUCAAAGAUGCUAUCUGCACAUCUCUGAGUGAGUACAACGCCCACAUUGAGGAGUUGAAACAGGAGAUGCAAGGAGCAACUGAUAGUGCCAAGAACAUUAGAGCCGACAUUCAGGAGAUUAGGAACAAGUAUGUGAUGGUUAACUCAGACACUACAUGCGAGCUCUGUGGCUCCAGACUUCUCGUUCAAGGGUUCUACAUGUUCCCGUGUCACCAUGCCUUCCACAAAGAUUGCCUCAUUCCAGAGGUCAUGCGUCACAUGAGCAGUGAAGAAUGCUCAGAGCUGGAGAGACUGCUGAGCGAGGAGAGCUCUGGCAGCAGAGAGGGGGCAACAGCCAUGGCACGCAGCUCCACAAAGGCCAAAAUAGACAGUAUGCUGGGCUCCCAGUGCCUCUACUGUGGUGAUGUCAUGAUCAUGUCAGUCAGUCAACCACUUGUCCCACCAGAGAACCUUGAAAAAGAACUACUUAAUUGGAAAUGAGUGUUUGGAAAUUGAGUGUUUUGCAUGUGCCGAUUGCCAAUAGUUCCAUACUGGUUUGCAAGCACCAAAACGUGUUUUUGGAGCCUAUUUAUGGAUAUGAGACUAGCAAUGAUCAAAAUGGCGCAUUUGAAUGGUUUAUGUACUAUUAUAGGCAGAAGGAGGUUAUGCAGAACCAUUUUUGUGCCACUGUGUAUUAGAGGCACACGA